AGGGAUGCAAGAUGGUCAACCAUGCGAAACACAAUACUAUCAGUCUAUCAGCCAUCCCACCUUGCAAAAUUGGUGCCAACAAUGCAAGCAUUCAUCGAAUGUGCAACUCAGCACCUGGAAUCCAAAGGCGAGGACAUUACUUUCUCUGACCUCUCCCUCGUAUUGGCCACUGAUGUAAUCGGACAAGCUGCCUUUGGCGUCGACUUUGGCCUUUCCAAGCCACAAUCAAUUAGUGAUUCAAUAGAGAAUACAAGCCAUCAGCAAAACGAUAACGAAGUCCAGGACUUCAUUAAUCAGCACAUUUACUCCACAACCCAGCUUAAGAUGGACUUAUCAGGCUCCCUCUCAAUCAUACUGGGCUUACUUGUACCCAUUCUCCAAGAACCUUUUCGACAAAUUCUUAAGAGAAUCCCGGGCACUAUGGACUAUAAAGUAGAUCGAACUAACCAGAAUUUGAGUAGCCGGCUUGAUGAGAUUGUCUCGAAGAGAAUGAAAGAGGAGGACAGAGGUUCAAAGGACUUCUUGUCACUUAUAUUGAGGGCAAGGGAGUCAGAGACAACAGCAAAGAAUGUUUUCACCUCAGACUACAUAAGUGCAGUAACUUAUGAGCACCUACUUGCUGGAUCAGCAACGACCUCGUUUACUUUGUCUUCUAUUAUCUAUCUGGUUGCUGGGCAUCCAGAAGUUGAGAAGAAGUUGCUUGAAGAAAUUGAUGGUUUUGGCCCGCCUGAUCAGAUGCCAACUGCUCAUGAUCUCCAGAAUAAAUAUCCCUAUCUUGAUCAGGUGAUUAAAGAGGCAAUGAGAUUCUAUACGGUUUCUCCAUUGGUGGCAAGAGAAACAUCAGCACAAGUAGAGAUUGGAGGUUACAUUCUCCCAAAGGGGACAUGGGUGUGGUUAGCACUUGGGGUUUUAGCAAAAGACCCAAAGAAUUUUGCUGAACCGGACAAGUUUAUCCCAGAAAGGUUUGAUCCAAAUUGUGAAGAAGAAAAACAAAGGCACCCAUAUGCAAACAUUCCUUUCGGAAUUGGACCACGAUCAUGCAUUGGGCAGAAAUUCUCAUUGCAAGAAAUUAAACUCACACUGAUUCAUCUGUACCGGAAAUAUGUAUUUCGACACUCCCCCUACAUGGAAAACCCUCUGGAACUCGAAUAUGGCAUAGUUCUUAAUUUCAAGCACGGCAUCAAGGUUAGAGCCAUCAAACGAGCAUGAAAGCUGUUGAACAUGAUUUAAGUUCCUCGACAUGAGAGCUUGAUGACUGUUUUUUAAUGCCAUCCUAUCAGUGAUACUUGGCAAGUAGUAUUGGUUGAGCUAGUGAAGUCUAUUAUCCAACAUAGUUUCCACGACCGUUCACAGAUUGUAUUGUUGAUCCCAUCUAAAACUCUUUUUUUUUAUAUAUAUUAUUAAAAAAAGAAAAAACACAUGUUGCAAGAGACAUUCUUCCGAUCAUCAAACUGUGACUGGUUUAUGGAUUACACUAGAUCAUUUUUAUGUUAUCAAAAAAUAGCACUUCUUAG